GCUCAGAGACACACUCACUGUGGUACCUUCUCUGAAGUGUUCCACAUUUCCACUGCUCCCUGAGCGUCUCUUAGUUUCCGCUAGCUACAAGAAGCAGUUUACCAGAGUUGCUUCUGAAGUUUGUGGAGAUAGAGGGAAGGCACAGGGUCAGCAGUUUAGAAGAGGCCAGUGCAAGAGCAAGCUAUGGAGGGCUCAACUGGGGUCUUCCGUCUUCUGCUACUCCUGGGAGUGGUUUUACUGCCUCAGGAGGUUCAAGCUAGAGCCCCCAUCAAAGCCUUGUUGAAUGUGUGUGAGAACCUGACCUGUGGCAGCCCCAAUGCUCUCUACGCCCAUCCCACCUACUGCACGCAGUAUGUCCACUGCAUCAAUGGUUUCCCUUACGUCAAGACUUGUCCUUCAGAGCUUCACUUCAGUGCUGGCAAAGGAUCAUGUGACCUGCCAGAAGAGGCUCAGUGUGUCCCCUUCCAAGAGUCAUGUCAGCUUGAGUCACCCUAUGUGGCUGAUGGUGCAACUGAUGGACUAGUGGUGUGCGACUGUGGUGGUACCUGCACCAAGCCUCACCCGUACCUCUGUAAUGCCUACUACCAUUGUGAUGCAGUGAGUGAUCUCUAGAAUUAUGGUGAAUUGUG